AUGGGCCUCCUGCGUACCUUGGUGACGGCAGCUACAUCUGUGCUACUGCUCGGACUUCAUGCCUCUCCCCUUGCAGAUGCCGAAUCGACGGGCGUGGCUCAACAGAACCGCGUCAGUCUGCGAGUUUUCUUCCGUGCCUUCUGCCCAGCCUGCCAAUGGUUUGUUGGUGACCCGCUGCUGGAGCUUGUGCGAACUGAGGAGUACCGCAACAUCCUCAACCUGACACUAAUUCCAGCCGCAGGGAUGCACGAGAAGCAGGACGGGACGAUCACAUGCGAGGCGGGUCCGUUGGAGUGCACGGGCCAUCGCUGGCAGGUCUGCGCGCUGGAUAUGGACCGCAACGAUGUGGUCAAGUACCUUGGUACAAUUGCGUGCAUUGAAGGAGACGAGUCCGGACAGGUUGGCGACUGGAACACAAAGAUGAAAAACUGUCUGACGGACGAAGAGCGUGUCGUGGUCAAGGAAUGUUUCGACAACCGUAGCAAGGACCUGUUGGUUAAGAUGAUCCGCGAGGAGCGAUCAGGAAGCGUUCCUUGGAUGCCAUACACUAUUGUGAAUCAGAAGGUGCUUGGGUCGGCGACGGAAGGAGUUCCGCUGAAUAUGUUGAAGACAAGCAUUUGCUCAGCGUAUACUGGACCCAAGAGCUUUUACCCUGCGGAGUGUGUGAAGCUCGUUGGUGAGCAGAAAGAAUUUGCUCCUGAGGAAGCUGUCGACAAGCCGAUGGUGGCUGCUGGCGAGAAUCCUCAAGCAGCUGCUGCUUUUGGAAAAGAAGCGGUAAACAUGGAAGCUCGGGCCCCUGCAAAGGCUGAUGCUCUUGAAGGUGGUGAUGGCGAUAUUGUCGUGGAUAUGAAGGAAGAAGUGGCAACCCCUGCGCCCGCUAACGUCCCAACGACGACUACAGUAGCAGGCAAAGUUCAGCUUGAAAUGUACUGGCGAGCAUUUUGCCCGGGUUGUAUGUCCUUUAUCACGAAGCCUCUGCUUUCGCUCGUUCGAAACAAAGAGUUCCAAGAGAUCAUCGAUUUUCGUCCAGUACCCGCUGCUGGUACGUCUUUUGACGCAAAGGGCAACUUCGUGUGUACUGCCGGAAUGGUCGAAUGUUUGGGACACAAGUGGCUAAGUUGCGCUGUCGAGGAAUUCCACCAAGUUGGAGACUUAGUUGAACGUAUCGCCUGCAUGGAAAGUAAGGACAACAAGGGCAUGACGUGGAGCUUCAUCAUCAACCGCUGCUUUGAAAAUGAAGCGUUCACGAAGAUGAAAACAUGUUACGACACGAAGAGUGACGAUCUCCUGCGAAAGAACGUGGCAAAGAGGCAGGCACUACGUGUGCCUUGGGUCCCAUACGUUAUUCUCAACGGCACGCCGCUGGGCGACGCGAGCCACGGUAUUGGUCUGAAGCAGCUCAUGGAUGCCGUGUGUAAAGCCUACUCGGGACCGAAAAAUUUGUGGCCAGCUCCAUGCCAACCCAAACGCCUUCGCGACGAAGCGGAAACGAAGGCUCCAGUUGAAGAUGAGGUUGUCAAGCCAUGUGCACCUAAGAGGAAGGACACUGGGAACACUGGCAACCAGUACAAUGAUCCUCCAGGCAUUGGUAAGCCACUUCCAACUGAGCCGGAAGCCAAAACAGUCACGGAAUUUGAGGCCAAGGUCAUCGGAGGUAAACAGGCUGACGACGAGGAAACAUCGAGUGCCACCAUGACUGCAGUCGUUUUGCCCGGUGUGUGCUUCGUGGGACUUGUUGUCAUUGCUCUGCGGUUAACACGCGACCAUAAGAAGGACGCGUGA